AUGACCAACCAACGUGGUGCUGCCGAGCAGUCCAGGAAGCGCUCGGAGGGAAGCGGAUCUGCUUCAUCGGCUUCCACCCGCCCCGAAAGCUUUAGUUCUAGCAGCAAAUCUCCUUCACAGGAACGCAACAUCGACUUUCGAUUUUUGAACUUUUCAAACCCCUCGGACGCAAAAAACGCUCAAACUCGCAAGAGUGUUCGCAGUCAUGUUACAACCGGCCAGCACAAAGCCGCAAGGAAAGCGCUUGCCGAGCAGGCCCUGCGAAGCAACAAGUCAACACCCAGGCCGUCACGCUCUCCCACUUCGGGACCGUCUGAGAACGAUGCCAGCAGCCCGGAGGCCUCUUCUCCCACGACUCCUCCAGCGGCACCAAUUACGGUGAUCAACCCUCGAGAAGUGUACCCUGAAGCAUGGCAAUCCUCGUUGGCACCCGUUAUGGAUCACUAUGUCAAUUCAAUGGCCAUCGAUUUGCCCGAAACAGACAGCUGCACACGGGAAUUCAUUCGGACGCACUUUUUGAGCCUCGCCUUUUCGGAUCCUGCCUCACUGCAUGCCCUGAUACUCGUUGCGGCCGCUCAUCUAGCUAAGCUGCGAGGGGAUCAGUCGCACAACAUUGACAUACUUCAACUACGAGGAAUGGCCAUCCAACAAGUCAAUCACGCUCUAAUGGAGCACAGCUCGCGUCGUCGUGCAACGAGCGAUCAAGUUAUCGUUGCGGUUGCAAAAAUGGCUACCUACGAACUUCUGUUCGGCCAAAGGGAGACAUUUCACACACACAUGACCGGCUUGCAACGAAUGGUCAGCUUACGUGGAGGGCUACCGGCACUGGGUCUUGGGGGAUUUCUCGAGAGGAUGCUGCUCUGGAUCGAUGCAAACGCCGCGGCCAUCGCUGGAGCUACCGAUCUAUACUUUCCCGCUGAUGUCUAUGCAAGCUCGAGGGGGCACCCUCGAGCUGAUCGAAGACUAUUCCUGAUGGGGCCAUCAUAG